GCCUCUUGCCUCUCCAUGUACAUUGUAUACUGCGUGCUUCCUGACUUCCUGACGAUGACCCUGCGUUUGUUACAUCGACAUCUGGCAUCUCUUCCAGUCCACCCACGCCCAGAUCUCUGAUGACCUACAUAUCGGCCAUACCAGGUACGAGCCAUCUUCAUUCACACUAGGAGAACGAAAACAAAAACCAAAACAUCACAUUUGCACAAUUGCCAUGUUUCUCCAUUCCCCAUUUUCCCGCCUUAUAUUUCGUCAUUCCAACAGUACCUAGAUACCUUCAUAAUCCAUAAAUACUGAGAAAGAGGUAGGGAAUAGGAAUAGUAACGGUAGCUGAUAUUCUUUUCAAUUCAUCCAUCAUCAUUACAUUAUUAAUUCCACUCGAUUCCAUUCCCCUCGACUCGUCUCGUCUCGUCUCAGCCCAGCUCGAUCUGACUUGAGCUUCAAAUCUUGGGAGGAAAUUUUCUUCCCCUCUCUAAAAUUCAGACCUUCCCGACAAAGCUUCGAGAGCGUAAUAUCUCAGCACCGCAUUUUACAUUUGAUCGUUCGCGAUAAACUUGUACCUGUCCACCUGCCUACCCACCUGCUUGACACCUUCACAUCCUCACUACCUAUUUGCCUCGAAUCCCAAUGCCCACACAGAGACACAGGCAGAGACACAUACAGAUAGAUCCUCUUCUUCACGCCCACAGCACAAUUAGAGUUCGAAAAUGUCAGAGGGGGAUACAUCUAUGAAUAUGAAUAAUUUGAACCUGGAUCCUACCGAUUUCUUGCAACAGCAUCAUCAUGCAGCCAACCUCGGAUCCAUAGAUCGGGCACUGUCAGCCUCGCAGGUCGAUCAAAAUUUGCCCGAUACAUUAAUGUCGGAGAUUCUACAGGAUAAUUUAAUGAUGGACUUUGAUGGACUUCCCGAUAUGAAUAUGGAUCUGAAUACUCUUGGCGACAAUGGCAACAUGCCGAAAUCUUUUACAUCACUCAACAUGAUGUCGCCCGUCGGAAAUGAACACAACGAUGAUGGGAGAAGGGGAGGAACGAAUGAUGGGGAUGCCCAGAUUGAAGAAAUCGGGGCGGGUCCUUUACCUGCAGGCUUUGGCGUCCAGCCACCAAAUACGAGUAACAGCUCAGUCAAUGAUUUCACGAGACGACGGAAUUGGCAACAAAAGGUGGUUGAAGAGAUCAAGGACUUUUUACACGUCUUGACCCCUUUUGGAAAGUUUGUUUUUCUUUCGCCUAGUUGUCAAAGUCUCACUGGAUAUGCCGCAGAGGAGCUUCAGGGGAAAUUUAUCGUGGAUUACAUACAUCCAGAUGAUAGUGCAAUGUUUGUGAGGGAGUUCAAUGAAUCCAUUGCAUCUGGUAAUAAACUGCGAUUCUAUCUUCGAUUUCGCAAGAAGGAUGAGUCCUACACAAUAUUCGAGUGUCACGGACAUGCCCACUAUGCAUCAAGACCCUCGCCAACAGCAGCUCUCCCAGUUCCAGAUCCAGAUGUCCCGCCUAGAGAAACAGCGGAUUAUUGUAGAGGCUUUUUUAUGAUGGCACGGAAAUAUCCAACAAAGAACGCUAUUCUACUGGAUUCAUUUCUGGAACAUAAGACUGAGUUUGAGCGAAUGUCAAAGAAAAUUAGGGAUCUCAAGAGAGAAGAGGAGGAAGAAUUCGAAGAUAGUGAAAGAACUUGGACGCAUCGACAACAAUCAGACUCAUCUGAGACAAUGACCACAGCCAUGAGCGCAUCCAUACCUGCGGAUCCGAACCAUCCUGAUUUCCUAGCGAUGCCUCCUCCAGCAAGACCGGACAUGUCAUAUAGCACGUUGACGAAAGCGAAUCUCGAGGAUGCUAUUUCUAAUAGACAGCCCGAUUCUAUAAAAGAUAAAAUGCAACGAUACGAGGGUGUUGAUACUGUAGAAAUGCUCACCGGGUUACAAUAUCGAGAUGGUGAAAGAAGUCAAGGGAUUAGUACCGGCGCCCGCAGUCCAGCGUUAAUUAGAGGCGAUGUUGGGAUUGCAAUACCAAUUGAUAAAGAUGGCCGUCUAGGGGACAAGAAGAAGAAGAUGAAGCUGGCAGAUGAAUAUGUUUGCGCAGAUUGUGGUGUUAUGGAUUCACCAGAAUGGCGCAAAGGCCCCAAGGGUCCCAAGACGCUCUGCAACGCCUGCGGACUUCGCUGGGCAAAGAAAGAAAAGAAACCACAGGCGGGGUCGGCACCAGCGCCUUCAAAUACUCUCACGGGACCUUCCCCAGGCUCUUGAAGACACCGUGCCGACUCUUUUACGAAUAUGAUAUGAUUGAUAUACAAGGCGUUUCGGUCGAGAGGGUUUAUAUAAUUUCAGCAUGGAGUUUGACGGGGAUGGUUUUUUAGAGGGUUUAUGACCUUAAUACCCACUUGGCUAGUUUUUAAAGGCCGGCGUUUCUCUUUUUACACUUUGAACUGAAAAUAUCAGAUGGUUUAAUUUGCGUGUUGGAAUUUCAAGAGGGCUACCUAGCUAUAGUGGAUGGAUUUAAAACCAUGUCUUUGUCAGUUUAAUAGUUGAUUUUGUGUACGCUAUGCUAUGAAUGAAGUAUCUAGUAUUCUCUCAUGAGGAAAUAAGAGGUUAUUGUUUGAUGGUGUUUA